CAAUUGUCAACGUCAGUCACGUCAUUUUCUGUUAUCUACGAGCAAUUCUAGCGAUAAGGGCGAAUUAUAAACAGUAAAAAUGGAUAAUAAACCGUCGCUGAGUCAAUAUUUCGGCGAUAAGGAAGUUCCUCCCGCCUCCCAGUUUUUCGAUGAAAUCGGGACAUCGCCCUCUGAUAUGAUACAGAGUAUUUAUUUAGGCGAAACAGAAGGUAACCAAUCAACAUCAGGCAGCAUUUUUCCUCAAAACAUGAGUGCGUCUUUUAGUCAACAAAAAGUGCCUGAAGAGAUGACAUUUACGAAUGUUUUACCCACUGUGAGUGGUUCCACGGCGGUACCGGCAGCGAGUUUACCUGAUCCCUCGACGUUCUUCGACACUAUAGGCCCUGAACCUCAAAUAGUUCCCACUAAAAGUACCAUAGCUAGUCCUAGUAUACUUACAGAAGCGUUGGAUGGGCUUAGUAUUAAAAACCAACCUGUGGAUAAGGAGGCAAAUAGAAGGAGAGAUGCCUGGCUACCCAAUGAGGAAGCUAAGAAGACACUAAUGAAGGCUCAGUCGUCACCUAAAGGCUCGUUCUUCCCUGAGAGAGAAGUGCUCACAAUGCCAGGCCUAGUGCUCGAAGAGGAAUUGGCCGAUGCCCUCCAAGAGGUAGCAGUAAAGUACCUAGGCGUGAGUUCAGCUGGCAGCCGCGGCGUCGUCCGCGCGGAACACGUGAGUCGCGACGAGGCGGGAUUGAGGGAGCUACUGAGAACUGGGUAUUUGAGGGCCGCUGUUAAUCUUACCCAUGUGCUGAUUAGUGCUGCUGGGCAAGGUGUAGGCAGAAUGCAUCGUCCCACAAAACACACGCCGCGCUCCCUACAGCUGUGGUUGACGAGGUUCGCGGUCAUGUUGAGGAUCAAACUGACGGAACCCUUGCUUAAAGAGGCUGAACCUUUCGGGGAUUUUAAUAAGCCUGAUAUGUUUUAUGAGUUCUACCCAGAUUCAUACGAAGGCCGCACGGGUAGUCUGGUACCGUUUUCGCUGCGACUUUUAGUCGCCGAACUACCAGCUCACGUUGGCAAGCCGGAGGAGGCUGUCGACAGACUGUAUGCUAUGCUCGACACUAUACAGACGAUGUUAUCAAACCUCCGCGAGGGUAAAACAGAAGAUGGAUCAGCAACAAUAACGGAACAGGACAAGACUGAGUCUAUUCGUCUAUGGAUGGGCAGAGAGACAAGAGUCAUGCACUCUCUUGUCAAUUGUGCUAUUGCUAUGAAGGACUACAGACAAGCAGCCCGCAUACUAACAUCUCUACAACAGCAAUCAUCUUCUCCGGGACAGAAGCGAGCCAUAUGUUCAGCGCUAUGUCGCCUAUGGCUGUUAGCAGGACAUGUUAGAGCCGCCAUGACUUGUUUAGACAACGCCAGGGAAGCUAGGCAUCAUAUCUGCCCGACCCCGGACGUGAGAGAGUAUGUGGACCUCGGCCUCAUCGACAUAGCGCACGGUAAAUACCAGGAGGCGUACAAUAACUUCGCACGAGCUGCCGACCAGGAACCUACUAAUAUUAUGGUAGCAAACAACUUAUCAGUCUGUCUCCUCUACAUGGGUCGUCUAAAAGAAGCCAUUUCAGUACUACAGAAAGCUAUAAAUUCAGACCCAGAAAGAGGUCUUAACGAGAGCCUUCUAAUUAACCUAUGUACCUUAUAUGAGCUGGAAUCUUCGAAAACUAAUGAAAAGAAAAUUAAUUUACUAAGAAUGUUGUGUAAAUAUAAAAGUGAUACAAUACCUAAUGUUUUAGAAUGUUUGAAAUUGUAGGUUAUAAUUUUUGGCGCGCAAUUUAGCUCUUUCUGUAAUUAAAAGAAGGUUUUAUGUUGAUAAGGUAUGGCUGUAAGGUUCAAAGAAAAAAAAUAAUGGUAACAUUUAAUAAAAAAACUCAUAUUAAACUAAUUAUUGUAGAAGCGUUUUCGCAGUAGCGAAUUUGUCGCUUGGUUCUUCCUCGCGACUUCAACCGAUUCGUACGGGCCGACAACAAAUCCAGAGCAAUCGUAGCGAAAGAUGUUUUUUAAAACCGCUCGUAAUUCGUAGCCCGUAGAAAAAGCAAGAGAUGAAACUCGCUACUGCGAAAGUGCUGUAAUGCUUUUAAUCAAAAAUCUUAUCUUUGUAAAAAAAAUAUGAAGUCGACAUUAUUUAAUUUUCUUAUAUUAGGCGGCCCCUAGACUUGCAAACAUUGAGCAAUAUUGCAGGAAAAAUAUUGGUCGCUUAAAAACAUUGCGCAAUGAAAUUGAUACAGGCAGCCGUGAAUUCUUUAGCAGAAAUUUUAAUAUAGGACAUGUAAAUAGUUAAUAAUAUAUUAUUUGUAUAUAAAUUGUGGAUGUGUGAUUACAUCCCAAGACACCACGCAAAAUUUAUUGAAAUAGCUUAUCUAUAGUUCGGCCGCUCAGAGAAUGCGUUUCUGACACAUCGCGAUUGAACUGACGACGUAACUUUGUAAUGGCGUUGCAGUACGAUAAAAAUAUUUUUGCUGGUUGUUUAUCGUUUUAACAAUUAUUGAGCAUUAAAACAACAUUAUUAUAUCAAUAAUAAUCAAUGAAUGUUGUAAUUUUGUGCCAAAUUGAGUGUCAAAUAACUUGGUAAACAAUAUUUUUCUAAAUCUAUACUGCGCUAUUACAAGGUUAUGUCAGCGCUUUAUAUUUGUAGUGCUGUGCUAAAAAUAACAGGCAAGUAUCGUAAUCUGUUCUGGUUGAUGGUUCUUAUACAGUUAUACUUAUAAUAUAAAAUAAUACGUUUUGUUUUUCUUUUUAAGAAUUUGAAAAUAAUGGACUAUAGGAUAACUUUUAUGAAAUAUAAAAAUAAAACUAUGAUCAAACUGAACGUGCGAAAGAAAGUAGCAUUUUUAUAUUUAGGUUGAAAAUGGUAACCCCAAAUGGCAUCAUGGGCCGUCAUUUUGUGACGCUAAAUAGUCAUUUGUUGUCGUUUCGUGCGCUAAGACUAAGUGCCCUGCCUCAUUAGGACGCCAAUGGCGACGUCGCCGGCUACGUAUCCAAGCAGUUAGUAUUGAAAUGUAUGGAACCUAACUCACUUGGCGACGGUUUGGUAACGUCUCCAAAUUGGAGGCGUGGCCACGAGCUACAGUUCCCUAUGUGGCUUCUGGCUACCGUGGCAACUUGGCGACGUGGCCACAGUAGCCACUAUAAUGUACACGGUAAAGCGCACCUCCCUCACACAGUCGCCAAUGUGGUCGCCAGUCAGCUUGCAAUUUCUUGAGCGACGACGUAAACAAUUGACUGUCGAGACGCCAUGGCCACUCGACUUGGCGACAUUUGGAUGCCAGAAGUAGCCAGACCUGUGCCGCUGGCGACGUCGCCAUGGCGUCCCAGUGAGGUAGAGCUCUAAAAACCUGAUUUUGGAAGGUUUUGACCGAGAUAUCAGGAUUGAUUCUGUUAUUGAUAAUACCUAAUAUACACGUAGGCGAAGAUGAUGAUGAAGACACCACCUCCUCAAGCGAAUCGGAGUCUGAUUAACAUUCUGUACGCACAUUCAAUUCAAUGUACUUACUUUAUUGCAUAGAAAUACAGAUUGUAACUUUGUAACAAAGAAUAAAUAAAACGAUUUUAUUAUAUGAA